GAGUUAAGAGAGAGAGAGAGAUUAGUAGUGCUACAAUUAUUUUUACAACAAAAGCUAAUUUCUUCUCAUAAUUUGAACAUGGGAGGCAACAACAACAGCAGCAGGCAAAAGAAGGGCUCUUCUUUCUUUAGCUUGUUCAGGUUCAAGAGGAACCGCAGAGUCGACGACUACGCGGUGGAGGACAUGAGGAGAGUGUGGCCUAGCGACGAGGACAGAGGUAGGUGGGUGGCGGAGCCCGGUAUUGAUAGGAAGGCUGAAGCUUUCAUUGCCAAAAUCCACAAGAACAUGAACACUGCCACUGAUUUCGAGCGCAAAACUAUCACCAUUCCUACUGCGGCGGCUGCUGCGUCAAAGGCUUGAUUGAUUGAUGGUGUCUAAUAGAUAUUAGAGUAUUUGAUCAGUUAUUUUGUAAUUUGUUCAUAUUAUGUCAUAUAGUACUCGUUUCUGGUUUGUGUAUUGGAAUAAAAGAUUUGUCCUUUUGUUA